GGCCUCCGGCUACUCUGGAGAGCUGUUCGUCGUCCAACCUCUCUGUUCUCUUGUGCUUUGUUGUUUUUUUUUCCUCAGCCUGCCUAUCAGAAUUUGAGACAGCGUGUUGAUAACUUUGUUUGCAACCAUUUGGCCACUCAUACCUGGAGCCCUCAUCUCAACAAGAACCAGCUGAGAAAUAACAUUAGGCAGCAGGUUCUCAAGUCUGGAAUGCUGGAAUCUGGAAUUGACAGAAUUAUUUCUCAGGUUGUGGACCCAAAGAUCAACCACACAUUCAGACCUCAGGUGGAAAAAGCUGUCCAUGAAUUUUUAGCAACACUCAAUCACAAAGAGGAGGCAGGCCCCAGUACAGCUCCAAGUGAGGAGAAAACGGACACGUCUGUUGCAGUGCAAGGUGUUUCUACUACUGCUCCUAGUGGCAAUGUAGCUAGUGAUGCAAUGUCCAUUUUGGAAACAAUAACUUCUCUAAACCAAGAAGCAAGUGCUGCCAGGGCUUCGACAGAAAACUCAAGUUCCAAGAACAAUGACAAAGCUGCAAAAAGACUGUUAUCUCAGCAGAGUGUUGAUGGUAGCACUGAGAGAAACAUGGAAGACAUGCCAGAUAAAGAGAAAGCAAUUUCUGAUCUUUCUGGAGAAGGGGCUGAAACGUUUGUGAAGUGUGAAGAUUCAAAUGAGCUUCCUUGCCAAAGUGAAGAAAUAAAAAGUUCAACAAAGGAUGCCAGUAGUUCAUCUGUUACAAUUAAAGAUACAAGUAAAGAAGUACAACAGGAUAGUGAAGAUCAGAAGAGUAAACUAAUAGAUAAAAGUGAAAAGAAACCAGAAAGUGAUAGAAGAAAAGAAAAGAAAGAAAAACUUGAUAAGAAGAAAAAUGAUGAUACUGCUAAGUCAAAAGAAGAGAAACAAGUGAAAGAAUCAGAACCAGUGAAACAGUUAGUUCGAAAAAAUAGCAAUAAACAUAAAGCAUCUGAAAGUACUAAAGAAGAACAUACAUCGCUAGAUUCAGAUACAGAUGUACUCAGUGACAUCACUGUCAGCUCUGUCCAUACGAGUGACCUUUCUUCCUUUGAAGAGGAAAGCGAAGAGGAACCUGUGAUUUCUGACAGUACUGAAGAGGGGGAGAUCACAUCAGAUGAUGAAGAGGAGAAAAACAAUAAAAAUAAGGCAAAGCCUCAUACUAAUGAACUGAGUGAUGGGAGAGCCAAGCCAGUUCGUCAUGCUUAUGUUCGUAAGCCUUUUUUGUACUCCAAAUACUUCAGUGAUUCUGAUGAUGAACGAACAGUAGAGCAACGUCGCCAGUCCAUUGCCAAAGAAAAAGAGGAGAGACUCCUAAGAAGACGAAUGAAUAGGGAGAGACUUGAAGAGAAACGUAAACAGAAAACUGCAGAAAAAACAAAGUCCCUGAAAAGUGGAAGUCAAAAUGCUAAAGGAAAAAGUGGCUUGAAUUUGGAAGAAUUGUCAGCAAGAAGUCUUGAGUCAAAAGCUACUGGUACCAGCAUUAAGGAUGUGCUUAAAGAACAGAAAUUCUUAGAAAAAAUAGCUUUGAGCAGAAAAAGAAAAAGAGAUUCAAGGCAUGCUGAAGAUAUUUGGAAAAAGAAAUACGAGCCAUCUGAAGAUGAUUCUAAGGAAGUGCAAAAGACAAAUGAGACUUGUGAAAAAAAUUCGUCAAAAGAAUUAAAGCAUAACCAUGGCAAAACUGAAACCUCUAAACCACUUAGAAGACUUUCAGAAUCGGUACAUUCAGCUGAGGAAAACAAAACUGAUUCUAAAGUGGAAAAAGAACAUAAAAGAAAAAUCUCCACAUCUCUUCAUACUGAAGGAACCCAACAGGACAUUGAAACAAAGGACCCAAAAAGACAACUGGAAAGAGCAGAAGCCAAUACUGAUGAACUACAGAAGCAGAAAACCAUAUUUAAAAAUGAAAAACACCCCAAAAAAGAUAGUGACACAGAAAUUCAACAUAUGAGAAACGCUGCCAAAAAAGAAGCCAAGUCUUACAGAGAUAAAAAUGAAAAGGAAGUAACAGCGUUAGAAGAUAAACUUUCCUUAAAGCACAAAUGUAAAGGAGAUAAUAUUCAUAAAUCAAUUGAAGAUGUUGAGCUCCAUUCUUCCGAGAAAAGUUUGAAAGGAGAGGAUGGUGCUCAGAAACAUAGUCAACAAAUGAAGAAUUCCUCAGAUGACAAAUCUGAAAGAAAAAGUAAACACCGAAGCGAACGGAAAAUAUCAGUAACGGGAAAAGAUGGAAAAGGUAUUUCUGAUUCCACUUCAAAAGCUGAAGAGUUACUUCGUAAGGAAAAUAAAAAAGACAGGCAUCUCUCAACAGAAAAAUCAAGAGCAGAAUACAAGUCCAAAAGAUCUCUGAGUGAUUCUAGGCCACAGAAGGAUUCUAUAAGUGCCUCAAAGCAACUUGCUUCUGCAUCGCACAAAAGAAGUGAAAGUUAUUCAGAAGAAAAACAUGAAAUAAAAUCAACUAAUUCUGACUGUAAUUUGAAACAAGAAGAUGGUGUUCAUAAAGACAGACGAAGAUCUAAGAGCCUUGCAGAAGACAAAAUUUUAUUGAAGUCUAAGUCAAAGAGUCAUAGUAAACAAUUGAAAGCAUCUGAAGCAGAAUUACAGGAAAAUUUAGCAAAACAAGAUACUAGUCAGAAACUGGACAAAGAUAAGAACGUGGAGGAGAAUGAUUUGGAUAAGCAACACAAUUCCAAAAAUGAAGAUAAAAUAUCUGAAGAGAGUGGUGCUGAUUUUGAGCUUGAAAGUGGAAUGCAGUCAACUCAGGGAUCACAAAAAGACUCCAGUCACAGAGUUAAGUUACACUCCGGAGAAAGAGUAUCUGUAAAAGAGAAAUGUAGAAGUGAUAAAGAUUUGAGUAACUCCAAGCUGGAAAGAAAGUUAUCUGUUGAAGGUCACAAAAGCAGAAGCAUAAAGCACGGCAACAAAGAAAUAAAGAAAAAGGAAGAAUGUGCCAAAGUGGAGGAUAAAGAUAUGAAAGAAAUGGAUGGUGGACAUGAAAAAGUAAUGGGCACCACAGUGACAGUGGAUAAAAAACAAAGUAAAAAGGUACCCUGUGAAAACAGAAAAGGCAAUAUAUCAAACCACAAUUUGCUUGGAGAGGAGAAGCAAUCAGUUGGUGUAACUGUAAGCAGCUCUCUUCCUGCUCCUCAGAAGCCAAAUAUGAAUAGUAAUGACGUGUGUUCUGGUCAUGAAGGAGAGAUGAUGGAACUUGAUUUGGAUGAAAAAAAAGUACAAGAAGAAUCUAUAAUGGAAGGAAAAGACAUUUUAAAUUCAGUCCAAGCCACAGAUGCCAAAUACACAGCAAAAGAAAAAAUAUUUUCUGCAAGUAAGGAGUUAAAACACAGCUUGGCAGAUCUUGAAGCUUCUGAAUUGAAGUUUCCGGCUGCAGUUGAAAAAGCUAAUAAACAAGAAGAUAUCCCUAAUAAGCAAGUUGGUGCCUUAGAUGCUUUACCCAAACAAACAUCUGUGGAUGAAGGACUCCAUAAAGAAGGAGCUUAUAAAAUGGGUGUUGUAUCUGGAAAAAGUCAUGGAAUCUUACUGAAUGCUCCCAGUAAGGACCGAACUUCAGAAGACAGCAGAAAACCAAAGAAUCUUAAAACUGUGGUAAAUUCUAAUUCAGAUAAUGUUCCUUUAGCAAUUAAUUCUCCCAGAGAAGAUGCUGCCGAUCCUAAGUCCGUGAAUAUGGAAAUCUCUGGUUUUACACGUUGGGGUAGUAUGUCUAGUACAUCUAAAGAAGAAUGCCAUAAUUCAGAUGGGACUUCUUUGUUUGAAGAUGAUGCAGCUUCAAAGAAUGAUGCAACACAGGUUGUAUACAUGGAACAAGAAGAUAGUGUAGUGUUGAGUUCUAUUAUGAAAGCUGGUGAUGACAACACUAAGACAAACAAUGUAGAAAAAGAUAAUGAGGCACCCCGUUCUGAUGAUCAAGUAAUGGAAAACAGUGCAACAGGCUCACCUAUUCAAGAUAAUGACAAAGCAUCAAAAUUAGAAAGCACUCCAAGAAGCAAGUUGAAAAUAAAAGAGGAAAGCUUGAGGACUGGUGUGACUGAAGACUGUGGAGAUGUACCAACAAAAGCACUUCUAAAAAAACUGAAAAAGAAAGAAAAAGAGUGCUUGAAUACAAAUUAUUCCACAAAGGGAGAAAGAAGCACAAUGAUGGAUAAUGUGCAACAGAAUGAGGUGCAUGAUACUUGUAAUAUGAUACAGUCUUCUUCUGUGUUAACAUCUAGAAGAGAUCCUGAAGAAAUAGUCGAAGACUCUGUUCCAGCUUCUGGGCAAGAAGGGAAUAGCAGCGUAAAAGAUAAAAAUGAAAGCAGUGCUGUAGGUACCAGUGCAGGAAGUGGUAAACUUAGUCUAUUGUACAGCAGUAUACAAACAGUUCCAGCCACUGUGAUAGGAACUAGCACAGAAAAGAUUGAAAGCACUGUAGCGGCCUCUAGUACAGGAGAAGAAAGAGCUGAAGGUGCAUUACAUUCUGAAAAGGGAAGUGAUGCUACAACCACUUGCUCAGAAGAAGAAAGUGAGAUGGCAUUAAUCUGCACAAGCAUAGAAGCUGAUGAAGGUUUCACGACAGGCAUAUGGGUAAAAACUGGUGAGGGGAGUAGUUUCAUUACAGGAACAGAUAUUGGUGAGUGUACAGUUACAGCAGCAGAAGAAGGAGGUGGCAGUGUCGUCACUGAAGGAUUAGCAGAAAGUGAAAGCUUUCUGACAAGUACAAAAGAAGAAGAAAAUGAUGAUUGCACUAUGGUUGAUGCAGAAGGAAGCAGUAAGGAUUCAGUCAAUGGAAGUGGAGUAGAAAAUGAAGAUAGUGUGAAUAGUGCUGGAGCAGAAGAAAAAGAUGAUGCGGUAACUAGUGCGGGCUCUGAAGAGAAACGAAAGACCUUGACUUGUGGAGGUGCAGGCAAAUUAGAAAGUUCUGUGUCCUGCUUAGGUGAAGUGGAGAGUGAUGGUGCUGUAACUAGUGCAGGUACAGAAUCAGGUGAAGGAUCAACAAGUGGUGGCAGUUCAGGUGGAUUUAGGGGCAAUAUAAGAGCUGGCCAAGUAAAAGAACAUGAAAGUACUGUGACUUGCACAGGUGCAGAAGAAAGAGGUCGUAACUUCAUUAUGUGUUCAGUAACUGGUACAGAUGCCCAGGGAGAAGGUUCUGUAAGUGGGGCGUGUAUUGCAGUGGUCACAAAUAACAGUGCCACAACUGGAACUACUGGUGACAAAUGUGAGGAUACUAUAAAUGGUGAAAGUACAGUGACCAGCACAGGCAUAACUCCAGAAGAUGAUGCUGAAAUUUCAGUUCUCUGUACAGGACUAGAAGACAGCAAUGAAGGUUUUGCAGUUUGUUUAGAUACUGAAAAAUGUGAAAGUGCAAUGGACAGCACAGGGACAAAGGAGGAAGCUAGUAUCACUAUAGUCAGCAUUGGUCCCUGUGAUGAUGAAGGUUUUGUGACUAGUACAGGCUCAAAAGAAGAGGAUGAAGAAGGUGAGGGUAUUGUGACCAGUACUGGAAGGGGAAAUGAAGAAAUUGAGCAUGCUUCUACUUGUACAGGAACAGAAGGUGAAAAUACACUAAUUUGUAUAGGUGCAGAAGAAGGUGGAAGUUCCAUUAUCUGCAUAGUUGCUGAACAAAUGGAAGCUGAGUCAGGACUGGCUGGCACAAAUAUAAAUAAGCUUACCGUUGACAGCAUGACAGAUGUAAAGAAAGAAGCUAAUUGUGGCACAAACUGCAAAAGUGCUAAAGGGAUAGUUGAAAGCAGUGUAACCAGUGCAAGUGCUGAUGAUGAGGAUGCUGUGGCUGCAUGCAUAGAAAAACAUGAAAGUACAUUGAUUCCCCUAGAUGCUGAGGAGUGUGAAGGCCCCAUGACUAGUGCUAUGAUUCUGCAAGAUAGAGGUCAGCCUGGUGCUGAAGAGCCUGAAAAUGCCAUGACCUUUGGCAGCGGAGAACUUGAUGGCUCUAUAAGUAGUGCCAUUCCAAAGGAAGAUGAAAAUUCUCUUAUUCCUGCUGACAGAGAGGAAAAAAUUAAAGGUGAUAUCAUCUCUACCAGUACAGUGGAAGGAAGUGAUGCUCCAUUACAUUCAGCCAUAGAUGCUGAGGAUGGUCCACUUACCAUUGCAAGAGCAAAUGAAAGUGGGGAAAGCUCUAUGAUCUCAGUCGAUGUUGAAGGCACAGAGGUGCCAAUGCCCAGCACAGCUACAGAAUUUAAAGAAAGUGUGCUUGCUUUUAGCAGUAAACAGGACAAAGAUGAGUGCACAAUGAUUUCCACUAGUAUUGUAGAAGAAUUUGAGGCUCCUAUGUCUAGUGCCACUAUUGAAUACAAUGAUCAGCUCCCCUCUGUGAAAACAAAAGAAAUAAAUGAAAGUACUGUGGUUUCUAUAGGCACAGAAAUAUAUGACAUUCCCAUGCCCAGUGCAUCCAGUGCAGGAGAAGAUGAUGAAAGUCAUCCAACUGCUAGCAAUAAAGAAGAAAAAGAUGAGUGUGCUAUGAUUUCCACAAGUGUUGUGGAAGAACAAGUAAUCCUGAUGUCAGAUGAAGUUGCAGAGGAGACAGUUCAACAUAUCUCAGAAACAGAGUCUAAAAAUGAAACAGUAAUGAUCUCUACAAGUACAACAGAAUGUUUUGAAGCUCCUAUGUCUAGUGUAGCUGUACAAGAUGAAAGUAAACUCACUGCUUCAGAAACAGAAGGGAGAUAUGAAGCUGCUGUGAUCACCACGAGUAUGACAGAAGAAUGUGAAAUAGUCCUGAUCAGUGCAGCACCACAAGCUGAGGAUCAACUCCUUGUAGCAGAAAGAGAUGAAGAGGAUAUCUCUCCAAAUGCAUCAGAGGAAUGUAAGAUUGUGGAAACCACUGCUACUGUAGAUGAACAGUUUGAACUAGCUGCUUUCAAUGCAGAUGCAAGAGGCAAAGGUUCUGUGAUUUUUGUGGGAGAAUGUGGAGGUCCUAUGCUGAGGGUUGCCACCAACAGUGAAGAUCAGGAUGCUGCUUCAAGUAUAGGAGAUAAAGAAGGGGCAGUGAUUGCUCUGAGCACAAUGGAAGAAUGCGAUAGUCUCUUCACAUUUACUGUCAUAGAAGAAAGUCAGCUUGAUGCUGAGAGUUCAGAAGUAAAAGACAAAAGUGAGGAAGUUUUUAAUACUGCUAACCAAAUUGAAUGCAUCCUAUCAACUGCGGGCCCAGAAAAAAGCGGUAAUUCUUUGCUUGUAAUUGGUCAAGAGAAUGAGACCCAUGAAAGUGUUGUGAGGGGAGCAUCAACAGCAUCUCAGAUGACUGUAGACAGUGAAAUCACAGAACCAGAAGAAAAUUCAGUCAAUCUCAUGAGUGUAGAUGAAGCCCUUUGCGUGGAGAUUAGUACGGAGACUGCUGUGUGCCCAAGUCCUUCCUCAGAGGUAAACGAGGAUGAUGAACAAGCUGAAGAUGUGUUGCAUGAGGACGUAACAUCAGAACUCUCUUGCAUCAUUUCGGAAGCAUCAGUAAAGGGUGAAACAUUAAGGGAUAUAAACUGCAACUCAAACGUGCUUUUAGAAAGUGACUUUUCUGAAAUAAGGACUCCAUUGCCUGGGGAACGGUCUCCUUCCUUAGUUUCUGCAAAUGAAUUAACUGUAAAUAACCACAGUGAAGAGACUAUAGAAGCAGAAUUGGGGGAGAAAAGUGAUUGUCCUGUGUUGCAUGUAGAGGAGCUAUAUGGCAGUGAUGAUAAAAUGAACUUGGUCAAAACAGAUGAUUCAGGAGUUGAAGUUACUUUUCAGAAAACUAAUACAACCUUUAAUUCAGGCAAUAAUGGAGCUUUACCAAAGUUGGCAGAAGAACUAGAAUUUGAAACUGACUUGAGAACUGAAGAGCCACCACAGCCUGAGAGUCCAAAAAGUGAAGUAUAUGUGGAUCUUCAUAUUAAAGAGCUACAAAAAGAUUCACUGCAGAAGAAUAGUGCUAUAGAGAGAGAAACUAUUCACGUGGAAAACCUGGACACUCAGAUAACUGAAGAGCAUCAGCCUAGGAUAACAGAAUGUAAAACUUCAGGAAUAAUGGAUAAAGAGAAAUGUAAGUGAUCCAGAACUACACGAAUAUGUAUAAAGCCUUGCUGCUGCAAAAGAAAGUCCUGCUGUGAUCAGUCCGUACUCCUUCUUCCAAAAGAGAAUUGUAGAGUGGGGAAUUCCAAAAUCCAAAGCAAUUAAUCUUUUUUUGAAAACAGCUCAAUACAUUUGUUGUAACUUAAUAUUGCUAUCAAUGUAUGGUGACAAAUUCAGUAGUACACAGAAGCAUUUUAUAGUAGCUUUUUUAAUUAGAGGGAACAAUUUAUUUUUAAUGUAUAAAAUAUUUACUAAUUUUAUCAUUAAAAGAAAAAAACAGAGGUGGAGUAUAAAACUGAAGAAAGCUGAUCAUCAGGGAAAUAUCAAGCCAUUCAUUGAACUUUGUGAGGCUGGUUUUUUCCUACUGUUAGACUGGGAGGACUGACAUCUUUGUCUAGAAUCAGGUGUCAAGGAAGGUAGUCCAUUGAAUGGCCUAAAUAUUUAAGUUAAUCUAUUUGUUUAGACUUUCUGUUAACAUAAUUGUUACGGGUCUAUGUAAUAUCUAUUCAACCUCUGCUCUUAACUGCAGGAAAGACUUGCUGCAAAAAACCUUACUAUAAGUUUUUUGUGCUUUUUUUGUGUUCUUUUUUUUCCUGCAUCAGAACAACAAAAAAUGCAUUGGGCUAAUUGAUAUUAUAAUUUCUGUGAUAAUUCUUUUUAUUCUGCUCCUAAGAAUGUUGAUUUCUUAAAGUCUGUGACUGGAAACCAUGUGGUAUUCAUUGUAGUGUACCUCGUAACACUACCUGCUUUUUUGGUUGGUUUGAAGAUAAGAUUCAUGUUGAAAUUUGACAGAUACCAUAUCAAAAAAUUAAAAA